GAUUUGUUCUGCUCCAGGCUGCAGGGCAAGUGGAAGCGAAAGUUCUUCACCAAGCGAAAGUCCGAUUCGUCGCAGAGUCUGGGCCAAGACUCGACUUCCUCCGACGCUGUUGCGCCGCCAGCAUGCCCUGAGAAUCAUGAGCCCCAAACCACUUCAACGCCAGAAGCUGAGCCUGUGCGCUGUGGUGGCUCUUUGCCUUCUUUGCCAACAAGGCCAUCCUUUCCUGUUGAUAUGAACUUGCAUCAGCCUUUGAAUGUGGGACUGAUGGAGGAGCUUUCUUCUGAUAGCGAAGAUCUAGAGCCGCAAGAUGCUGCUCGCCUACCUGUGAUCAACAACGGUGCGAGCCCACCAUGGUCCCAACCUUCUUCAUCGGCCAGCGCAUGUGCAAUGGGAGUGUUUGCACCUCCUGCUUCCUGCUUCAGUCAUUUUGGGAAUCGUGCUGGGAUAGCAGAUGGUCUUCAUCCAUCGGGGCAAAAUCCGAUGGAUGUUGAGGAAGUGGAUUCGAGCAGUGAUCAUGAUGUGGGAGAUGUCUACCUCCCAACUCUUGGGCUGCAGAAUGGUGUAAACUGGCCAAAAAUCGACGUACCUGGUGGCAGUCUGAGUAGUGAUGACGAUGGUGAUGGUGAAGGACUCGCUUCUGCAGGGGUUCCUGCGCCUUUCUGUCCUGAACAACUUCCAGUUGAUGACCUUGCGCUGAUGCUUGAAGAUACCCAAGUCUUUCCUGGCAUUGAAAAGGAGCAGGAGCAGCAAGUUUAUCUUCCUUCGCUUGGCCAUGUGGCAUGGCCCCAGGUGGAUGCUCCCAGACCAGCCGCUGCUGACUUUGUGUCUUGGGAUGACAGGCUCCGCUUGCCCGAGGAAGAAUCACAGCCCUUCGAGGACUCCAUCCCUGACUCGAUUUUGACUCCAAGAAAUCUCCAGUGGAUGCAGGCCAAGGGAUACGCCAUUCCUUCUUCGCUCCAGCAUCUUUUGCCGACACGACGAGAGCCUGAUGAGGAGAGCGAGGCUGGCAGCAUGGUGGGCUCUCCAGGCACAUGCUUGGACAGCAGUUCCGAGAUCGCUUUCGCGGACACACUUGCUGAUGCUGACAUCGUGGGCGACCAUGGCUUGGACACGCCAUCUCAGCUUCAGUGUCUUGAUCGUGAUCAGGCAUUGCUGGAAGCUGAGAAGGUUGCCCUGUCAAUCAACCCUGGUGCAGAUGGCACGCUGCCCAUGAACCCAGAACAAGUCGAGGAAGCUAUUGGCGAAGCUAUUUCUGCUUGCUUGCGCCAAGAGAAGGAACAGAAGGUGCAAAUCUUCGAGGUGGAAGAGUCGCAGACCUUCGUGGUCGAAGAGUCGCAAAUCUUUGGGGUGGAAGAGUCGCAGUGCAUGCAAGAUUCUGAGCCCGUAUGUGCCAUGGAGAACAGCCUCCAUACUCCAGAGCCACGAGAGAAGCUUUCAGACAAAGGCCACGCGCAUUCCAGCGAGAAGAAGCCAAACGAAUCUUCCAAGCGGAAGUUGGCCUUUCACCACAUUCCUCCAGAAUGUCGCAAGCGCCUUCGGCCGCUUGCCUCGGAUCAGGUCGCCGAAGUCAAUGGCAUGAUCACUGAGGCGUACGGUGCAGACUACUUUGGUUCCUCGGAUGGUGGCCCCAAGAUUUCCCAGGAUGUGGCACGUGAGGAUGACCCAAGUGUUUCUUCUGGCCACGGCCAUCAGGCAAAAGGUUCUGAAGAUGACGAUGACAUGGAAUAUGGCAAUGCAGAUGCUGUGGCAGAAGAAGGUGAUGCGGGCGAUGAUGACGCUGGUGUUCCCUGCGAGGCAGGACAGGGUUUGAUAUUCAAGUUGCUCUGCCUCUAUGCCUGUCUUGUGGUUGCUUCUCAACAGGCUGCUUCUGACGACUUCGUCCCGUUGAGAAAUGCAGACCAGCGUAAGCUGCGCGAGUCGGCUAAGCCGAAGAAGAAGAAGAAGGAUUCGGCGCCUAAGGCGGCUGCGAAGGCAGGGCCGAAGGCCAAAGGGAAGGCAAAGGCGAAGUCGAAGGCGACAAAGAACUUGCCAGAGAAGGAGGCCCCAAAGAAGGUGAAGAGCGAACAGCUUGUCAGCAAGGAGGAUCAGGCCCGGACUUUCGUGGCCACCGCGGGGUAUUGCAUUACUCCUUACUGGACCCGUCUCCAAGUUGGCGUGAAGGACAAGAAGCAGCAGAAGCAAGUGUGGACGACCACAAUGGCCACCCCUUUGAGCUUCGAGGGCAAAGUUCGCUUGGGAAAUCUAGUUGUCGAAUUUGCCACGGAGAACCCAGCAGCCAGCAGGGAUGUGCUGUACAAUUUUGCUGAUGCCAAGAUUGCUGAAUGGGCUUUGGAAAAGCGCAAUGCGCGCUUGGGGCUUGAAGCGGACUAG